AUGGCGGUUGAGCGGUUAAAGGAAAACAUUCCCUCUGAACGACCAAUGAAAUCUGAUAUCCAUGCUCUUCUAUCUAUCUAUCUAUCUAUCUAUCUAUCUAUCUAUCUAUCUAUCUCUUUCUCACUAUCUAUCUAUUUAUCUAUCAUUGUCACACUAUCACUUUCUUUCUAUCUAUCUAGCUAUCUAUCAUUGUCACACUAUCACUUUCUUUCUAUCUAUCUAGCUAUCUAUCACUUUCUCACUAUCUAUCUAUCUAUCUAUCUAUCUAUCUAUCACUUUCUCAUUAUCUAUCUAUCUAUCUAUCUAUCUAUCUAUCUAUCUAUCUAUCUAUCUAUCUAUCUAUCUCUUUCUCACUAUCUAUCUAACUAUUUAUCUAUCUUUGUCCCACUAUCAAUUUCUAUCUAUCUAUCACUUUCUCACUAUCUAUCUAGCACUUACUCAUUAUCUAUCUAUCACUUUCUCACUAUCUAUCUAUCUAUCUAUCUAUCUAUCUAUCACUUUCUCAUUAUCUAUCUAUCUAUCUAUUUAUCUAUCUAUCUAUCUAUCUAUCACUUUCUCAUUAUCUAUCUAUCUAUCUAUCUAUCACUUUCUCACUAUCGAUCUAUCUAUCUAUCUGUCUAUUUAUUUAUUUAUCACUUUUCUCAUUAUCCUUCUAUCUUUAUCCUUCUAUAUUUAUCACUUUCUCAUUAUCCUUCUAUCUAUCUAUCUAUCUAUCUAUCUAUCUAUCUAUCUAUCUAUCCGGAAAAGAUUCAGCAAACUUUAAAGAUGUUAAUUUUGAACUGGUGA